AUGAGCUCCGACACUGCGUCGGUAACAUCUACGGGCUCGUCAGCGCUACCGAAGAAGUACCUCUGUGACUUUGAAGGAUGCACCAAAGCCUAUGCAAAACCUUCCCUACUAGAACAGCACAAGAGAUCACAUACCAACGAAAGACCUUACAAAUGUUCCAGUCCCGACUGUGGCAAGUCCUUCAUGAGACAAUCGCACUUGGAUGCUCAUUUAUUGUCACAUGCCGAUAACGGAACCAAACCAUACCAUUGUUCAGUGUGUGGAAAGGGUGUGAACUCACUUCAGCAUCUCAAGAGACACGAAAUCACCCAUACAAAGUCGUUCGUCUGCACCCACGAAGGCUGUAGCGAAUCAUUUUACAAACACCAGUCGCUCAGACAUCAUAUACUAUCUGUACAUGAGAGAACACUCAGUUGUAGUAUUUGCAAUAAGAACUUCUCUCGUCCUUAUAGACUAGCCCAGCAUAACUUGAAAUACCACAGCGAUUCUCCAGCUUACCAAUGUGACCAUGCGGGCUGUUUUUCCAACUUCAAGACGUGGUCAGCGUUGCAGCUUCAUAUCAAAACAGAACAUCCCAAGUUGAAGUGUCCCGUUUGUGGAAAAGGCUGCGUAGGAAGAAAGGGUCUUCGCUCCCAUAUGAUUAGUCAUGAUGAGGAAAAGAUGAUAAAGCUUUGGAACUGCAACUACUGUAAUAUUGGGAAAUUUUCCAAGAAAAUUGAUCUUGUUGAACAUUAUAACUCGCUUCACGACGGAAAUAUACCCGAAGAUUUGCUUAAGCCUAACGAGAAAAUGCGUUUGGAAGAGUUACUAAGUGAAACUGACGAUGUAACGAAUUUGGCCGACUUGAAAAGCUUACCGGGAUCAAGGUACGAGUUUUUAGAUGAAGAAGAGGAUGAAGAGCAAGAGUUGGUUCUCGAGAAUCGAUUCGAGGCUCCGAACUCUAUUAAAUCCAUGGACAGUUUUGAGAACUCGUUGAGAAGAAUAUCGGUGAUCGGCCUAAUUCUGAACAACUUCUCAUCCAAGACUAUCAAGUGUCCCAAAAAAAAUUGUGCGAGAGCUUUCAGUAGAGAGUACGACCUCACAAGGCACUUGAAAUGGCACGAAGAACACAUGAAGAAAAUCGAAGACUUUUUGAACUCCGUAGAGAAGGAAGAGACAAUCUCUCCUUCAAAGAUAGAGGAUGAUGAAUAUGACUCUGCUCUGGAACCACCACUGAAAAGACAAAAACUUCCAGCUCGGUAUGAAACCUUAACUAAUGAUAACGACAACGACAAUGACAAUGACGACGACCUAGAUGCACUUAUAGAUGUAGAAUUACGCCUGAUCAAAGCUGGUGACUCCUCCUUCUAA